AUGACCAUGCCUUCCUCUGGGUCAACAGAAUUGGAGAAAUCCGGCUCUAAACACUCUGAAGAGGUGUCUGCCCGUGUGGUGGCCCUCGCAGGUGUUGAGCGAAAAUCUACAGGCUCCCUCUCACAGGAACUGACUGCAGACCAGGUGGUUGAAUCACUAGAGUCGGACGCCUUUCCUGGAACGUAUCGACUUUACAGGCGUCGCUUUGUUGGCCUCGUUGCUCUGGUCUUUCUUAAUCUGAUAGCUGCCAUGUCUUGGCCGUGGUUUGGGCCAAUUUCGAACUCUGUCGCGUCUGAUUUUAACAUUACUCUGGACGAGGUCAACUGGCUGGGAAAUAUUGUAGCUGUAGUUUAUCUCCCUACUGCCCUGCUGAUACCUGUUAUCAUCUCCCGAUACGGUAUCCGUCGAUGUUGUGAGAUAGGCGCUGUGGCUCUCAUACUCUCAGCAUGGAUUAGAUAUUCUGGAACUGCCCGCUCUCUCUCACCCAGGAGUUCCUACUCUCUUCUGAUACUAGGACAAUUCUUUGUUUCCAUAGCUCAACCGGUAUAUCAGGUAAUAGGUCCUAAGUACUCGGAGACAUGGUUUAAUCUGCAAGGAAGGACUACCGCCACCAUGAUUGUUGCAAUAUCAAAUCCUGUUGGGGGCGCUCUGGGCCAGCUGAUCAGCCCACUCAUAGGUGAUAGCCGGAGAUCUAUUCUUAUCCUUGGAAUAAUGUCGACUGCCGUGGCUCCUCUAGUUUUCCUUAUCCAUAAGGCGCCUCCUUCUCCACCGACAUACGCUGCCGCACAAAAGCCUAUGUCGCUACUUUCCCUUAUCCGAGCAAUGCUUGGCUUACGAGUAGAGGCAGCAGCAUACAUGACAAGGCGCGAGCGCAUUGAUUUCGCGAUUAUUAUCGCCAACUUUGCAGUCCUAGUAGCCGCUUCCAAUGGAUUUGCAAUCCUUUCGGCACAAAUUCUUGAACCUGUGGGGUACUCGGACGAUGAGAGUGGAUUGAUGGGCGCUUGUCUGCUGCUGGCCGGCAUGGUUGCCGCUAUUAUAUCUGCACCACUCUUUGACCGGGUCUUCGUUCACCAUCUUGCCAUUACCGCCAAAUUUAUGAUACCUUUUGCGGCCAUUGGGUGGUUCUCCCUUAUCUGGGCAGUACGACCCGAUAACGGUGGUGCAUUGUUUGCAAUCAUGGGAAUCAUCGGAAUCUGCUCUGUACCAAUGCUUGCAGUGGGCAUGGAACUUGCAUGCGAAAUCACUCGUAACGCCGAGGCAAGCUCUGCGAUUUUAUGGUUUGCGGGCAAUUUAUUUGCUGUUGUCUUCAUCCUAGUUGCCGGAGCACUUCGUGCAGGUCCAGAAGCUUCUCCGCCAUUAAAUAUGAGGCGAUAUCUCGUUUUCAUGGGCGUCAUCAUCCUUACAGCCUGUUCAUCUAUCUUUUUCCUUCACGGUGCUCAAAAACGAAAAGCCCUGGACCAAGAAAAGGCCGCUGAGGUGCAGGCCCACCAAGAACUAAUCCAGCGAACUGAUUUAUAA